AUGAGGCUGACGAAUAGGAAAGGACUGGCCACCUGUUUCUGCUCCACAACUAGUAAAUGGGACUCAAGCUCUCUCCGGACUUUUAUCCGCAACGUCGUGAGCGGAAUAUUCCUCCCAGCAUCACUAAUCUUCUCCCGGGUUGCUCAAAGUGCAUCCAUGCAGGCUGUAGGCAUGUCGGACUUCGGGAAAAGGAUUGUCAGUGCCUCUCCGGGUCCUGUCACUGCUGCCCUGCCCUGGUGCUUCAGUCGAACCCUCGUCACUCAAGGUGGAGUUUUAGUUGAAUGUACUAUGGUAUCCGGCCGAAGUAUUGUACAUUACCGGAGUAACCUGUCCCGUAUAUCUUCUGUAACUGAUUGGACCAGGCUGACGUGCGUGGGCUCCCUCAGAGCACUGAAAACUGACAAGUAUGUGCAAGCAUGUGUCACCCCCAUGGUUGGAUUGCACACCACCAUCAUCCUCCUAGUGGAAAAGCUCGGGGCGUUCUGGAGGACCGGAACCAGAACUCAGCAUCUACCUGCAGAUCAUUUGGACACCAUGAUAGCCUUCAUUAAUUUCAUCGUGUAUGCAUCAAAUCAAACGUGUCAUUGCAUUGCUGAAGGAUUACAAGUCAACUUGCCUUGGGCCACACAGUCCAACGCCACCCUCACAAUUACCAAAUUCAGCCAGCAAAUACCAUUCAUAUACCAGUAA